CUAGAACACUCCAAUCGUGAGGAAGCGAAGCGGCGACCACACUGAGCUCGUUUUAUUUUUCCCAAUUCCGCUUUCCACUAACAUAAGCCAACGUGCCAUCAUGUUGUGUAAUAAAGUUUUUCCGUCCAUCCAUUUUUAGAGUGUAUGUAUUGUACUCAUAUAUACGUACAUGCGUACGUGCGCCGGAACACGGAACAACGAACACCCCGAAUCACUGGAAUCGAAACGCGAACGCUGCGAAGUGCAAGGUUACACCACUACGCGGCCUUCCUGGAUUUCCUUUCUCUACGGCGUUGCGCGCGUGCGCGGCCGCCGUGUACUGCUGGCUGCGCCCUCAGUUGCAGACGAGUUGCAGCUCGCGAGCCGUCGUCCGUCGAGGGCUAAGAUGGCGACUACGACGUCGUCGUACACUCGCACGGGCGUGCUUGAAGUGUACGCCAAACAGCAAUGGCACAAAGUGCUAGCGACGCUCGAAGAGGACCAUCUCAGUUUGUGCCUAGACGAGAGCUAUGAAGUACCGCCAAUCACUAAUAACGGCACGCUUUCGGAUAGCGAACCAAGCGACAUCCCGGAAAGCAUCGCCAACACCAAGCGGGUCGUCCGAGUAGUUAAGCAGGACAACAACGGUCUCGGCAUCAGCAUAAAGGGCGGCAAAGAGAACAAGAUGCCCAUCCUCAUAAGCAAGAUCUUCAAAGGCAUGGCAGCAGACACAACGGAACAGCUUUACGUUGGAGACGCCAUCCUGUCGGUCAACGGGGAAGAUCUGAGGGACGCAACACACGACGAAGCGGUCAGGGCCCUCAAGCGUGCCGGCAAGGUUGUUGACUUGGAAGUGAAAUACCUGCGGGAGGUGACGCCCUACUUCCGCAAGGCAUCCGUGCUGGCGGAGAUGGGCUGGGACUUUGCACCAGGCGGCCUGCUGUCCCGGGGAACUGCGGCGUCGCAUCCACAGGGUCGGCCCGACUGCCGGCGCGUGCCACUGCUGCUGUGCCAGCUGGCGCGCUCGCUCACCGUACCAGAGCCGCGUGUGCUUGAACUCCACUCGCCCGACAGGCGCAGCGUGUGCCUGCUUCGCUGCGCUGACGCGGCCCAAUGCUCCGCCUGGUUCAAUGCGCUGCACGCGGCCCUGGCACGCGUCAUGGCGCAGGCCGUAGUUGAGGCCGGACACCUGCUGCGCGAUGUACUCGACCAGGCGCAACUCCAGCACAUGGGCUGGCUCUCCGAGAAGACACGGGAAGAUUCAGUGACGGCACAGUGGCGUGCUGUGUUCGUUGCAAUCACAGACAGGGACCUCCUGUUUUAUGACCUGGUUCCCUGGACCAAGGAGGCCUGGGCUGUGCCUGUGCACAGUGUGCCUUUGCUUCACACUAGGCUUGUGACAACAAGUUCUGGCAGGGUCUCCGUGGGACCAUCAGCUGGGGGUGAGGCAACCACACUGACACUGCGACUUGGCACGCGCCAGGGAGUCCAGUCACGGCUCAUGCGUGUUGAAACCCACCGAGACCUGGCAGUGUGGGCACGCCACCUGGUGCAUGGUGCCCAUCUUGCUGUGGCUGCCGCCAAGGAAGUGCGCUUUGCCUGUCUUUUCCAAGGCCAGGAAUGCACUCUUACAUUACACUAUGAAGAUGGCUUUCUUUUGCAAGAAAACCGCAGGCAACUGACCCUCUGGCAGUUUUCAUUCGAAAGACUACGAAAUUCUGGUGAUGAUGGCAUGCGUCUCGCUUGGCUUGACUUUGGUGGAGAAGAUGGAGAAAAGGAGCUGGACUUGAUGCAGUGCCCUAAACCAUUUGUGUUCACACUGCACACAUUCCUGUCUGCCAAAGUAACCCGGAUGGGCCUUGUGGCAUGACAACUACAGGACCACCACGUCGCAGCAGCUGCUCCGUUGGUGCAGCAGCAAUGGCCCAUCUUGGGAUGCUGAGCCACACCUAGGAAAAUAGCAGCUGUGCCUCUGUUGCCAGGACUGUGUAAAAAGACAAGCCAGAGCAGUGAGUGGGCUUAAAGUGGGGCCAGAACAUUACUCCUGCUCGUGAAUGCAUGGGGUGUAACGACUAUGGCUUCAUGCAGGUGAGGCAGGCUAUGUAGCCCAACCACUGCUCUAGCUGCCAUUCGUGUCCAUGCAACCUUUCACGGCCUGCAGAUGCCCUGGCAGCAGAUGUGCCUGCACUAACAGCCGCAGGUGAAUUUUGUCACGCAUCGUGGUGGUCUCACAGGCUUGUUGCCUGGGAACACACUAAAAAAAUACAACUGGAGAGGACCCUCAGGGGGCCAGCAUUUACACAGCGUCUAAAGUUUCUACCAAGCUGCCCUUAAGGGACACUGAAGGAAGGAGCUGAAACGUGCUGCCCAUUUAACAUGCACUCCAUCAGUUGUGACCCGGUGAUCGUCGGGGUGCAACUUUUCAUCAUCUCACACAGCAGCAUUCCUUCAAGGGACAAGAAAUUACAUCUGUCAUAUAGUGGAAUUGUAAUGCCUCGCGUCAGCGUGUAGGAAAUGAAUGCUGUGAAAGAUGUCUAUGUAGCUAAGUAGCAAGCUUUUUAUCAGAUUCUCUGUGUUUAGUGGCGUUCAGCUGCAAAAAAAAAAACACACACACAGAAGAAAAACAAGAAACCUUUUUUUGUUGUAAGCAAGACAAAAAUCUGUGCUGCAUCACCUGACAUGUCUCAACAGGUGGACUUGCACCGUACUGUUGCUGCAUUCCAAGUGCAGGUCUUCCAGUUGAUGCAUUUGUGGCAUGAAUGGCAAUGCCUUACCUUUAGUUCUUUAGCUGUAUCAUUGUAAUGCCUAUUGUGCUCAUGUGUGUUACAUUUUAUUGGUUCAUAUAUUCAUAUCUUGCAUUUCUGUUGCUAGUUUAAAUGCAACACUGUUUCAUAAGUGCUUUUGGAAACAAAAUUUGCACAGCUGAAAAUGACAUUAUCAUAAACUUUUCACAUGAAACAAUUUUACAAUCUGUUCUUACCUUACUCUAGGACAAAUAACAAUGCGUGCUCUGUCACCCUGAGCUGGCUGGCAUCACGUGAGUUAUAUUGGGUAGUGAGGGAGGGUCAGGGGGAGUCUGCUUAGUAGCAAAUGCUCUAAAGCUGUUUACAGUGUUAAUGAGAAGGUGUGAAUUCUAUGCCUGACUAUGCAAAGCUACUUCAGACAAGGGCGGUUAAGGAACAGGUAGGCGUGUUUUUUUUUUGUUUUUUUGCUGUGUGCAAGAGCAAAAAGUUAUCACAUUGUAGCCCCCAAGCACAUUUAUACUUAUGUCACAUUUUCUUUGUUUUGUGCAGUAACGGGCAAAAAAAUGAUGUGCUGGGCCAGAAAACAUUCAAAAUGUUUUUGUUGGUUUCAUGUGCUUUAUUGCGAUUGAAUUAUAACCAUUGUCCUCAGUGCAAAUUGUGGCCCUUCAGUUCUGAGUUGCAAACUUUUAAGGACUUAAUACUUUUUAGCUCACUUUCACUUUAUUUUAUUGUUAACUUUUGAUGCUUAGUUGCUGUUGCUUGGCCUUAAGCUUUUUGUUAUUGAUGUGUUGUUGUGAUAGGUAUGAAUUGCAACAUUGAAGCAGUGACCACCAGAUAGUACUCUAUGACACGCUGGUUGUGCCAUAAAAUGGUUUAGCUGAGUGAAAAGUGGAGGUUGCACCAUUUCAAAGGUGCACAUACCUCCUUGAGUGCCUUCAUUGUUCUCUUCUUUCUUCGGAGGCACUGCAACCAAUGAUUUACAGGCUUGUCCAGUUACUAAAAUGUUAAAUGAGAGUGGCGGCCUGCUGGGACAAAAUAAGCCACUUUGCUCAUCUGAAGUUGUACUCUGCAAAGAAGUGGCAUUUAAUUUUUCUACGAAGUAAGAAGCAGCAGAAAAAAAUUUAUAUAUAUAAGGGCGUUCCAAAGUUUGUUUUCAGGUAAAUUGCAUCUUGGCAUCAGCUUACCCUAUUACUUGGGGUAUGCUUACGUUUCGGCCAUGGCUUAUGUGUUGCAACUUGUACUGAUCGUAAUAGUAUGUGAUCUCUCUCUCUCUCUCUCUCUCUCUCUCUCUCUCUCUAUAUAUAUAUAUAUAUAUAUAUAUAUAUAUCCAUCCUCUUUUAUUUCUUGUUUUCUUUUUUUUUUUCUUUUUAUUCGUGCUUAAAGUGUUGAAAGCUUUUCACAGCUAACUUGUAUAUCACUAUGACAAAACAAAUCUAAAGGAUAGUUGCUCAUGCUUUGUUUGCUAUAACAGUCAUAGCAAAAGAAAUUUUUGUUCACGAAAGGUUUAAAUAUGUAUUCUGGUAACCAAAAUUUCAAAUUCAGUCACCAUCUAAUUUUUCAGGUACCCAAUUUUCUUACCUGCGCAUUUACAUGGACAGUUAUCUGCAACACCUCCACAUACCCCCAGGACCAACUUAUAAUGUGAACUGAAAUUUUGGACACCACACAGUGUGCUUCUCAAUUUUCCAAUCAAGGUCCUCAUGCGUAAACCUGCAAACAUGGUACCUAUGAGCAAAGUUGCUGCUACGUAGCCUUGCUUCCAAAGACCAAACCAUAACUUUACUUGUCAACUCCCAAUGAGGCAGCGGUAGUUGAGCCUAAAGCCCUACAUCCACGCGUCACCGCCGACCAGGAAAGCGGCGGUGGCGCGUGGAUGUAGGGGCUUUAGUUGAGCCUAGUGGCCUAGGCAGUACAGCUGUGACAAAGUUUCGUUGGUGGUCUGUGGAGUGGCUGACAACAAGCCGCCAUGGGUAGCAAGUGGGCCGUCAUCGGCGAUCAAGCAUGAGAUCACACGUAAGGGCUAGCCUGAAAGUAGUGGAGCUCAGGUCCGUGUGCGAAGCUCUUCAUGUCUGAAAAAUUGGUUGGUGACUUACUCGGCAAGAGCAGCUUAACAUGGCACAUUUGGGAUGCACGUGCAUGUUUUGACCAGUGGCUUGGCUUGGUUGAACCACAGCCAUCUAGCCAAUGUGCCAGUAUGCCAAUAUCAUGUGAUCACAUACCGAUGGCACAAUUGUGUAUUAGAAACCAUGCAAAACUCGUGUAUGUGAGUUAUUAUUGUCGUAGUGCUAGCCACCGGUGCACCAUCAAAACGGGAAGGUGACUUUCUCUCGACAGAGGCAUCACGCUUGUGGUUCACAUAAACCUGAUUGUGAUUUUUUUGCCGAUAUCGGCACAUAUGCUUAUAACAAAUAUUGGCUAUAAUGAAGGUAUUUUCGUGUCAGAUGCAACUUCAUUAAAACAAGGUGCAACUUCAGUCUCUUUCUUUUUGUUUGGACAAUGGAGCUCAGCUGUGCACCUUUAAUUCAAUUAGCUGUUUGUUUAGAACUUUAUGGCAGCUGUUAUGCAUACCAUAGCUUCCUUUCUUUUUCUUUUCUUUUUUUUUCUUUGUAAGAAGUUUGAUCUAAGUUGAUGUCAGGGCUUUGUCAAGGGUACAUUGCACAGUGCUAUAGGUUGUUUGUUUGAUGACUACAUGAUUUAUACAUGCCUAAGGGUGAGGCAGGGAAUCACAUAAAAAAGUGCCACCAGGAACUGUGCAUCAUAGUUGUGACUUAUACUAAGAAUAUUUAUAAAAAAAGGUUUCAAAUGUGUUAUUUUAGUGCUGGAACUUACUGAUUCCAUCAGAAAAGCAACCUUACAUUAACAGGUGGAAUAACUACCUUCCUGUUGCUUCUACACUGAGUCAUUAUAAUUGAAUAAUUUUAGACUCUUGUCUCUUUGCAACUGCUGUAACAUUUAGAAGGCACCAAUUAUGUGGCAGUAUACAGCUUUAUGAGCUGCUAAGCUUGAAUGAUUGAAUGUAAUGGAUUGCUUUUUCUUUCCUUUAAAGGGGCCCUAAACCACCCCUCGGGCUUGGUGAAAAAAAGAUAGCAUAUGCUACUGUGAACAUCUCAGCCAAAUUUUGCAUUUGUGCACAGCACAUGUAGCUCACAAGUGGAGCACAAAAUCACCUUUUUCUCAAACAUUCUCUUUUCAACAAAAACCUGCUCCUCACUCUUUUCUGGACACUUUAUUUCUUAAUAGAGCAGAUUCCAAUACGCGGCUGCUAUUGGUGGAUAGCUGACAUAAAUCAAGAGGGGGGUUUGAAUCAGUGCGCUUCUUCCUACUGUUAUUGUGUAUAUUUAUUGAUGCAGUUUAAUAAACAGGCAGAAGUAAGCAAAAAUCUGCUUUUGAAUUUCGGUAAGAAUUGCGUACUUCUGGAAGAAGCAGACUAUCGUCUGCCCAUGCUCAGCUGUGGCUGGCCACGUAGGAAUUAAACUUUGGCCACCCUGCUUAUCGGUGUCAUAGCCAUCGGGACUCUCUAAUUUCGACUAGUUUUGAACACUCAACUAGCUUUGAACCACAUGAAAUUUAAGGUCAGACCACACGCACGCUUGCUAGCACACCUGGCCGCUCCUGGCAGACUUUGCUUCGUAUUGAGCUGUUGAUAGCUCUUCAAUAUGCAUAAGUCGAAUGUGGCUACUCUCCAUCAGUCAAGCUGGUGCAAGACAAAGCUGGUCUGCACCAUGUCGCAGAGUCAGACAGGAGCAUAUGAGCACAAGCGCACACUCAAGCCCUGUCAUGCACAAAGCAAACGCUGCAGUUGCAUGUAACUGUGGUCUACUACAUAGCGUAGAUACUGCAGCCACCAUGGGUUGCCGCGACGAGUCCUCUGGCUGAGCACACUGUGGCUCACUGAGGACAGCUGCGUUUGGUGCUCAUAGGUGGCAAAAUCGGAAGUAGUGCCACCUACGUGAACAUCUAAAAUCAAAUUUGAAAUGAACUACACGCCACCGUGAUACUCGGUAGGCAGAGCGUUGUGGGCAUGCCCCGCUCCGCCGUAUAGCCUUCGCAGUGCAAGUCAUUGAAGAAAGAGGGGAAGCACUGUGAAGGGGCUGUUUGAUUGCCAAUAACUCCACUUCUGCUGAACACAUUGAAGUACUCUUUGCAGCAAGGUAUUUCUGAAAUAGCCUAAUUUGACUUCAAAUUCAUUUCUUGAGUUCAAUAAAAAGUGGUUCAGGGUCCCUUUAAUAUGCUUUGCAUUAAAUGGGCACUAAAAGCAGACAUUAAGUUAGGCAAGACUGGUAAAUUACCUUUUUGGAACAUUAUUAGCUCUUGUUCUCUGUAAGGAGAUGGAGUGGGAAGCACUGAAGAUUAAACUUCUUUUUUGCAAGUUCACUUGCCUACAAAACAUGGUAAUUCCUGUGGUGCACCUGCUUUUGCUACGUCCAUUCUAAUAGAAGGUGUGACAGUUGGAUGAAAGUAGGGGCACCGGGAAACAGAGUUUACAAAGUGGUGACUAACCAAGCAAAACAAGAAAGCACCUGACUAGACUGCACAUCUCUUGGAACAGUGGUCAACAUGUUGUACCUUGUUGCUUCCCCUUAACUCUACAUAGGGAUGCUGUAUUACAUUGGUUUGGGUUCAUCAGAACGUGUGGUGCUCUUGAAGGCUUGUACUUAUUGGUAAUGUGUGCACAAUGAUGCUUCAUUGGCUAAGUCAGCAGCUUCAUCACUAUGGGUAGCAUUUGCAUCUUUGAUUCUUCGAUGAGCUGGUUUCAGAUUUCAAAAGUAGUGUCACCACGUGGGGCUUUUACAUUGCUUUCUGGUUUACUGAUGUUCUGGUUUUAGUAAAAGUGAGAUGCUUGUUAUCUUAAUACCAGUACCUAUCAUUUUAGCCCACUUUAAUGUUUGCCUUUAGUGCCUUUCAUUUUUUUCCAAGUUGAGGAAAGGGUAUUGAACAUUGAAAUUCGCUAGUACAUUGUAGGUGUCUAAGUAGGAUUACCUACUUUUAUUGGCAGUGUAUGGUAGGAACUACUACAAACCAUUUGUUUCAGUGAAAUUAUGUGCAUUGUUACUCCUGUUUGCUAUUUUAAACUUUAUAUAUAUAAGGAUGUUCAAAAAAAUAUCUUGUGUAGACCAGAUGACAGUGCAGCUUUCACUGUGGCUGCAUGAUCUUGGCUCUAGUCAUUCUAGCAUGCCUGACAGCUAGCUCAAUGGCCCUCAUUUGAUGCAUUAAGUUGUUGUGGGAACAUUUCACCUAUUUCAGUAGCUGUGGAGUCUGGACUUUCUUCACUUAUUAUAGAAAGAGCUAUUGCUGGCUUCACUUUUAUAACAUCAUGGUCCUUUUAUUUGGGACAUCUUUUAACACUAUACAUGACCAUAUUCAUAUCCAGAAAAUUAUUAUAUUCAAAGGCAGCUCUGUCAUGUGGACAAAUAUGGACUUUUCAUGCAUGUUACACUUCGGCUUUGUGGUCUUGUUUAUGUCUGGGGGUUGCAGCUAAUAAGCACGGAGAAUUGUGAUGAGGACAUAUUUUCAGGACUAUAGCAAGCUCAUUGAUGUAAGCAUGUCACAGACUGCAGCAUCGUUACCGGUUGUGAAGUUUCAGUAAUAAUUAGAGGGAAGUAAUACCAGUCUAAAGAGCUGAAUUCUGGAGUACUGGCAGUUCAUUUAUUGGAGUUAUUGCUAGUGCCUGUAAAAGAAGCAGGACAUGUUUGGCCUUUUUGAGUGAAAGUGCUUUGUAGCCGUGUCAUUAAAAAGCUCAGGUCACUGUGAAAGUGAAUAUUUAUUACGGGAUAAAGCAAUAAGAGGAUCUACUUCAUGGAGCACUUGUUGGUGUUCAACAAAAGAAAGGAAGGUCCUGUUAACUGGGCCUCUUGUUGCUUCCAAGUAUAUUUUGUUUUAGUGUGACAGUGCAAAAGAAUCUUCCGAGCACGAGGGGGGCCAGCGGUCAUCGGCUGGCAUCAACUUUGUCCUUAUCCUGUUUAGAGAAGCUCCCUAUCUUCUAUCGUGUUGUUUUCUGUAAUGUUUUCUUUGCACACACACAAAAAAAAAAAACUGCAUUUGUACAACGAAAAUGGCUGGACGGACAGCAGUUAAUGCCAAAGAAGCAAUUCUCCAAAAGGAAGUACACCCACUUUUGGUACACUUGCAUGCAUUGCUUCUAUUUCAAGAUGUGGUCAUGCCUCGAUUAACUUUUGUAGUUAUACAAAGUUUGUGUACUGUUGUCAUCAUUGUUUACACAGCUGUAAUGUGCACAUUUGUACACAGAGGGUCUGGGGUAACCUUAGCAAUGCAUUGCAUUUGCUGUAUCUUUGUAUGCAACUUUUCCACUUGCGGACAUGUGGCACAAGUCAGUGCAUACUGGUGCACCACACUGCACUGUAUGCAAAGUGUUAAAGCCUGCACAGCCACGCGUAUUGCUUCAAAGGGUCCCAAAGCAGUUGUGGCCCAAGUAGGUCUUGCGGUGUGGGACACUUUCCUCAUGAGUAUAUCAAAUGGGAUUGGGUCCAUUGAACACCACUGCUAAGGUAUUCCACUACUGUAGUGCUGUGUGGCUUUGCACAGAAGUGGAGUUGACAAUAAGUGCGAAGUGCCCUUAUUUGCUGGCUCUGGAUGUUUUUGUGACUGUGGGUAUUGGCAUUGUACAAAUAACCUCCUUUGUUUAUUCUUUCAGUGUUUGCUGACAGUGCAGAUGUACUAUUAUACUUUUGUUGUUCAUUUCAUACCUAUUACCUGACAUUGUGCUGUUAGUACCAUACAAAAGAACAAACACUUUAACCUGGUAUACUUGUAUCUUUUACAAUAUGUGUCCAGUAUGGGGAGCCUGAAGUGUUAUGGUUUCUGUAAAGACAUGGUUGCCUCCAUCUUAUAAAGCUUUGUGAAGAAAUUUAGGGAGAUUGUAAAGUUUUGAGGUUUUUCAUGUGAUGUGGGCUGCUUUGCUAUAAGCUUCAUGGGAACUACAAGGUUUACUGCUGUUCCUGAACUCGCUUUGUCCCCAGAGCUUGCAUGUUGAAUAGACUAAUCGUCUUUGUUAUGUAUGCUUUGUCUUAAGAUGUGUUUGCAGCACCUUGUGCUUAACAUAUCACUGUUACUACAUUCAUUUAUGACUUGUGCCUCAAUAUGACAUAAAAACUGCCAAUGACAUUUUAGUUUUGUUCUCACGCCCUUCUAUAAAGUCUGUUAAAGAAUAAUGUGCAAAGUAUAUGUGUUGUAUUUCACUUGGUUUGAAUUACCAUUUGCGUGGGCAACCAGACAUCUGAAGAAGCUACUUUGAAAACACAUUUAAUCUCUUUUUAAAUGCCUAAAAGUCUUUUUAUUAAAUCUUUAUACUGUAUCAAAAAGUUGUUCAUCUUCACUUGUAAGUGCACUUUACCUUAGUACAGUGAAAUGUCUUUAUGAUGGCAAUGUGAAACACCAUCACAUGUAAGAAAUUUUGGCCUUAUGUGUUUUAUAUAUAAAAUACGGGUGGUUACUACAGAUAUGUGAAAAGCUCUAAGAAUUAGUUGCAUGCCCUAUUGAGCACCUAAGGGCAGGUUAAACUGUCUUAGAAUUAUCUUAAUUGGGAGUUUCAUUUAUGCCUGUCUAGCUGGUCUGAGUAGUAAAAACAUGGGGUAAGGUGCCGACCACAUGAAACUGCUAUACAUAAUGAACUAUUCGCAAAAAAGUGUAGGGACCUUUUUUUGUUCUUAGUUGUAAAUUUGACAGAUGCAUCUUAAGUGGUCCUAGAAAGCUUCAUUUCUGAGAGAACAUCUCAGAAAAUGCACCUUUUUCUUUAUUUUCCUUAGCACACUGUCUAGUAUGUUACAGGUGAGGUUUUCGACAUGAUUGUUAGCCCAUGGUUUAAGAGAUGGGCAUGUAGCUUACGGUAUGUAAGUGUUUAAUUGCAUGGUACCAUGUGAUAGUAACUUUAGGGGAAGAAGCCCUGAAAGAUUUGUUGUAUCCAAACUGUGUUAAUAAUGUAUACACAUUUGUCUGCUACACUCCCAUAUGCAUCUCUGGUUGUGCACAUGGUGCAUCCAUGUCAGGCUGUUUAUGACUGAUGCAAUUCACUGAAGAUUACUCAGACUUGGUGUAAAUGUUUGUCGGCAGUAAUCUAAACUGUUAAAACAAAUUGCAUGUUGACGCAGCACACACACACACGUGUGCACAUUUUGACACAAGCACAUCAACGUUGUCUCUAAGUGACAAUUACUGCCAAGAAUCUGCAUCCACAGUGAUAUACAAAUUUCACUGUGUUUCCAAUUUCUACAUGAGAAUAAAUGUUACUUUAUAUUGGAUUUCCAGUCUGGAUAUUUCCAUGCCAUGCAGUUUGUGUUUUCUCAUCUGAUCUGCAGCAGCUACUGGAGGUCUGUUGAACCGCAUGGCUUAAAUUUCUCCUUUUCAAAUUGCUGGUGGAGGGAACAUGUGAACUGAACUGGCUGCCUGGUGUUGUGCAGUACUUCUGCACACUGAUGUUUUGCUGCUGCCAUUGAUCAGUAGAGACCAUUGUGCACUUGGUAUUCUUAGUUAUUCAUUGAGGAUUAGUUCUUGCACACAAAUCUUCAUGACCCCCCACUCCUCCCCAAUCUACAUUCUUCAACCUAGCUUCUCUUGCAUCGUACCUUAGAUACCAACAUCACAGAAACUGUGUCUAGGCAUUGCCUUAUAGAAUUGGGACUUCACUACUUUUGUUCAUGUUUAUGGUGGUGCAUUAUGGGCCAUUGAUCAUGAUGCAGCACAGGAGGACAAAUUUGGUCAGUGUCAUACAGCAAGGAGUCAACACUUCUGCAAGUAAAUGUUUGCUGUCGGGUCCCAGAAAGCAGUCUAGAGGUUCUUGAAGCAGAAUUUGCAUUGGACGUUUAGUGUUCUGAAUAACAUUUGAGAUUGAUACUUCUUAGCAAUGGCUGCUUGGAUUAGUGAUGUCUUUAGCACUGCACUUUUGUUCACACAUGAGCAAAAAUCCCAUGGAGCCUGCACCUAUGCCCAAGGUGCAGAGCUGAGAAGUGGCUCCACAUGGGUAGCUACUGUCAAAAUUGCUAAAACUAGCACCUACUAAUGUCAGCCAACUGCCAUUAUUGGUGUGGUGGUCACUGUGUCGUUGGAUUUCUGUGUUUGUUAUUCUUGAAGGUCUAAGAAUAAAAAAGAAUUGUACAAUUUGCCUGACAUGUAAUGGUGCAUAUGAAGUAAAUUUGGAAAUUUAACAAGGUAGUGUCAUGUAUACUGUGGAAAAAUUUUGAAAACCUGCUUGUGGGUGAUGCCAGUUUCUUUAAGCAUACAUUUCUGGGAACAGCACGAGGAGACAUGCACACAGUAGAUGAAACUGGUUGACCCCAUGCCUAUUGCUACACUUAUUGAAAAUAUAUAUGAAGCAUGUGUGGAAUAUUUGGAAUGUCACCUGGUUACAGAAGUUAUAGGUGUUUUUUUCACAAUCACCUACCAACUAAGGAUAAAAGUCACCAUAUGUUGUGAAAAAUGUGUAAAGCCAAUUCACAUUCCUCUGGCGAUUUUCGUUUAGUGUUGUCAUAUGCUUACGGGUCAUUUUUGGCUAAUAAAUAUGAAAAUUCCUCGUAAAUUCCAGAGGUGACGGGUCUGCUUUUCUUUUUUUUUCAGAAUAUACUGUUGCAGCCUCAUUUUACUCGUGGGUUUGUCACAUCUGAUGCAUGACUGUAUUUAUCUCUAGUGUACCCGUUAUGCUGCAUAUGGUGUCUUAAAGCAAGUUGCACCAGCACCUCCUGUGAUGACCAUAAAUCUGCCUAGGUAAAGUAAAAAACAGCCACCAAGUGCAGGCCAAGUGACACAAGCUUAAUCAUGGCUAUAUGGUGCUGAGUCAAUGGAAAUUAGCAGUGUCUAACUAGCUUGUUGCUGGAAUCAAUUCUGAUUCAGCUUUGUGCCAGUUAAAUGAUGUGAUACUAACUGUGGCUACAAAGAGCUGUAGUUUAAUAGGAUUUGAAAAGGGAGUGCUGGUUAGAUACCACAUUAUUUUGGUCACUCACAAUUGUGUAUAAACAUUCACAAAUACAUUAGUAUUUGUGAAUGUUUCUUGCUAAUCUAGGACAAAAAUUUAAAUAAGUGCAUGUCAUAUCUGGUGUCAGCUACACACAUCUUUAAUAGAACAUAUUGAGUGUGAACAGAACACUAUGAAGAAGACAGACAAUGGAGCACUUCAGUGUUUGUCUUCAUGUUGUUCUGUCUGUGCUCAACAUAUUCCAUUUAGGGGGUCACCAACUAGCCAAGCACCAUGUCAUAUUGGGAUACACAUUUAUGGUAUUCAUUGUUAUAAUCCAUACAUUUGAAUUGCCUUAAAUCAGUAUGUGCUCUAUACAGUAAACGUUAACUUUGCCUGCAGAUGUGUGGCUGCAGAGUUCAUUGCUUGCCUGGACUUGCAGAAGUUCUGAAACUUUUUUAUUGUGGCAGUAAAAAAUUGAUACUUUGUGUUCUGCCACUCUACAAAGCCACCAAUGGAGUACUGUGUAAAAUGCAAUUCUCAGCAGGAAGCUUUUAAGCUCUAACCAUACUGCGACUCAUAUAUAAGGACAUCACACUUCAAAAGGUGCCUGCUGGUCAAGUGCCAUAUUAAAGUACUCAAACUGCAAGAUUCAAAGUCCUCUAAAUUUAGCGGGGUCUGUACUGCCUUCUACACACCAGCCUGCUUGUGCCAGUCACUUGCUACUGAUGUAAGCUUUUAUGCACCAUGGUGUGACUUGAUCUACUGCAUGCAUAACCAUGAGCCUUUCAGAAUUGAGACACCAUGCAGGUAUACGAGGCCUGCACACAUAAAAAGGUGGUUUAGACUUGCACAAAAGAAAGGUUAUUGGAAGGAAAGGCAUAAAUGAUUGUUUUUGUUCAAACACCUUAUGUGUAGUAUGGCUGCACUGCAUGUGUCUAAUACCUAUGAUCAGUCCUUCUGUUAAAAAAUUAUGAAUAAAUGUCACCCUGCUCACUCCAUCAACAGCCUUGCAAACAAGUUGCUACUAUUCAAUGGCAUUCAAACCGUUUUGCCUUUGAAAAACAAUGUUGCGCAUGCACGUGCCAUUUGUUAAGGCACUGUUAGUAAACUACAAAUUUCUUUAGUGAAUUUUGGACUCUGUGCAUAAUGAAUGCUCUGUGCGAAAUGAAUGCAUGCAUCUUUGUUUAACUGUGCACCAAGUUAAACUGGCGGUUUUAUGUUUACUACAGCACACAGAGUUGGUCGUGCUCACAACUGCUUUAUGCACCUUUGACACCUCCUACAGGUCUGUCCCCUGUCAUGGAGGCAUGCAGACAUGAUAGACAAUGCAGUUUGCGUUCAUGUCAAUUGCACAUAAAUGAUGCCAGAACCAUACAGUAAACACACUUCACUAUUUUUUUUUUUUUUUUCCCUUGUAUUCUCUUUUAGCUUUGUUUAUCCACCUGUACCUAAGAACCAUGCAUGGGCCAUGCUGAGGAGCACAGAAAUUGAAUUAAAACUGCUUUUGUGGUGAACAUGUUCACUUAAGAAUCAAAACGUAGCUUUUGCGAGAGUCAUUUAACCUGGUACUUUGCCCCUGCCAUGAGUAAUUGGCCAGUAGGGGAAGAGCUUACAGCCGAUGCAGGGUGAUGCACAUGUCAACACUCCCUCAUUUUCAUAAUGCUUGUCUGGCACUGAGGCUACAUUGUAAAGUGUUCUUAUGCAAAAUGUGUUUCGUCGCUGGCACGAACAAUGCUGCCUUCCGUUUCCAUGUCAAAGUGAAAAAAAAAAAGUAGUGUAUAGUUCCUCUGUCAUGAUGCUGUGGUGUGUGAUUUAUCCAUGAACACAUGGGUGUUUGUACUAAGAAUGAACAUUUUUCAGCUGAUGAUCACAUCAGUCCUUGUUAGUUCUCAUCUAUUCUAGGAAAACCUGGCAAUAAAAUUGCUUUUUAUUUUAGAUUAGAAGUGUCAGAAGUCUUCUAAAGAUAGAGAUGGAGCUGCUGUGUUCUUGUUCAAGAAUUUCAUUGGAAACUUGCUUCAGACUUUGAGACCACUGAGCUUUUUUGAAGAACUAGGACAGAAGUGCUUAAUACUUUGACUGUAAGAGCUACUGUUAACUUUUUAUCACUUCGUUUCCCAUAUGUGCAAACAUGCUACAAGCAGAGCAAUGAACCUGUACAAUGGGAACGAUGCAAGCAUAUGUAUGCUGUCUCGCAAGUGGCAACAUAUUCACUGUCAGGGUCCUUCUUUUUCUUAGCAGAGGUAUCAUCAGGUGCCAUUAAUACAAAAAAUGUAAUUCUUUGGAACAUUGUUUUAAUUACUAAUGUUCCUGUAAGUAUGCACUGACAUGUUAAUGCAACCCAAUACAGUUGCAUGAGAAAGACAAGCAAGCGAUCAGAAAAGUUUUACCAAGUUGAGCCUGUAUUUGAAUUGAGUCUAUUUUGAUCCUGAAUUCACUGUUGUGGUGAAUAAUAAAGCAAAUAACAGAAAUGGUGCAUCAUAAAACUGCACACAUUGCUUGUUGAUGAUUUAUCAACUUAUUCAACAUACCUCUCAAUGCAUUGAGGUUUGCAGCAGGUGUAUAGCAGCUGCAGUUAUCUUUGUUGGAAUUUUGAUCAUUUUGUGCAUGGUAAUGUCAUUUAGAAAAUGUGCAUAAAUUUAAGACACAAAAAAUGUGUGUGCAUGAAGUUCGUGUGCACAAAAAGGAAUAAAGCUGUUUUUUUUUAUAUAUAUAACCAUUACAAGGAAACUGCUUUGCUGCAGAACCCUUCUUUAUGUGUGCCAUAGGCAGUGUUCAUCCAGAGCAAAGCUGCUUAUGAUACACUACAUUGCUUUAUGUGGAGCUUUCAUGAAAAAUUACUGUGACACUCAGCAUUAGGGCACCUGUGGGCAGUGGAAAAUGUCAAUUGGCAUUGCCCACUUUGCACCACCUAUCGAGGAAGAUGAUUUUCGAGAGAGUGCAAUUGGUAAGUGAGCUAGUUAUUGCCUAAUGGCUUUGUUUCCGCUCAAUAUGAUGCUUGCUGUGGUAGCAGUGCAAUGUGAAACACCCAAAAGAUUUUUGUUUUGUUUUGUCCCCUUCAUUUUGUGCUGACUAGCAAGCACAUCUGGAAAUGGAGGAACUUGUUGCUGCCUAAGGUGUACCUAUCAGUGCACCCGACUGUACUUGUAUUCUUGUAUGUUUGUAGCACCUUUGUCCUUGUUGUCUUACGUACACAGCUUGUGACCCUGCUACUGCUACCCUGUUUUUGUGUCUCUCUUUGUGGAGAUGAGAGCAAGCUGGCACUAUUUCGUAGUGUUGCUGUGCUUUUAAUCUGUCAUACAUUUUGUUCAAAGGGAAAAUAAUAAACACUGUGUGACAUUUGCCAGCGACUUUGUUAUCAGGGCAACUCUGUGAAUGUGUGCCCACAACGUGUGGUCAAGAUACAUUGUCAAAUCCCCCUACAUACAUGUAUUCGCCUUGGGCGACCUUCCUAUAUUUUAUAAUAAACAGAGAAAUGUUUGUUACAA